AUGGACCGAAACAACAACUCCACGGCCGGCUCGUUCAGCCAGCGCACCGAGACGUUCGUGCCGCUGCUGCAGGCGCGCGGCCACGUGCUGAACCGGCACUCGGCGGGCGGACAACGGGUGCCGGGCGCGGUGUCGCGCAUCUCGCUGAACGAGUCGCAGCAUCUGAGCACGGCGCGCUUCUCCGCCAGGGAUCUGCCGUUCAAUGGGUGAGUGUGUUUUUUGAAGAUACUACAGCGUUUCGAAAGCCUCAUGUUGCAGCGACGUUUGGCUCAUUAUUUUCCCGACAGACUGGGGAUUGAGCCCGAAAUCUCCCCUUUUUUUGAACAGUCCCCCUUGAAUGCAUACUCCCCUUUUUUGAACAUUCCCCGUCAAUUUGAAAAUUGAAAAAAUGAGAUAUGACAUGUUAUACGAUGAAAAAAUGAGGUAUGACAUGUUAUACGAUGAAAAAAGAUUUCAAAUUGAAAAAAUGAGGCGUGACAUGUUAUACGAUGGAAAUUUUUUCAAAUUAAAAAAAUAAGGCGUGACAUGUUAUACGAUGGAAAUUUUUUUAAAUUGAAAAAAUGAGGUGGGACAUGUUAUAUGAUGAAAAUUUUUUUUCAAAUUGAAAAAAUUAGGUGGGACAUGUUAUACGAUGAAAAAAAAUUUCAAAUUAAAAAAAUAAGGCGUGACAUCUUAUACGAUGAAAAUUUUUUUAAAUUGAAAAAAUGAGGUGGGACAUGUUAUAUGAUGAAAUUUUUUUUUCAAAUUGAAAAAAUUAGGUGUGACAUGUUAUACGAUGAAAAAAUUUUUUAAAUUGAAAAAAUAAGGUGGGACAUGUUGUACGAAGAAAAAAAAUUUUAAAUUAAAAAAAUAAAGCGUGACAUGUUAUACGAUGGAAAUCUUUUUCAAAUUGAAAAAAUGAGGUGGGACAUGUUAUACGAUGAAAAAUUUUUUUCAAAUUGAAAAAAUUAGGUGUGACAUGUUAUACGGCGAAAAAAUUUUUUGAAAUUGAAAAAAUAAGGUGGGACAUGUUAUACGAUGAUUGUCGCCACUUGUCGCAUCUCCCCAAACGGCAAAAACGAUUUCGCAAGAACUGUGCAUAAUGGUAGCACUUUUUUCUUUCUUUCCAUUUUUGAAUUUUUUUGCCAAAAAGUAAUUCCUAAUGAGAUAUUUGAUUAGUUGUUAGGAACUUUGCUUUGUUUUUUGUUUUAAGCGGUUUCACUUGGACCGGAUGACAAUAAACCUUUCCUUGCAGUUGUUUUAGAGGCCAGACGGGUCUAAAAGUUUAUGUUUUUGGGGGGAGAAAGGUGUGAAGGUGAGGUGAAAUUUGGAUUGUCAUCAUUUUUUUAAUAUUUUAAAACAUUUUUUUAUUGGAAUUUUUCGUCUUUUUCAUUAAACUUAUUUUUUUUAUAAAUUUCUGAACUUGAUUUCAAACUGUCGCUAUCGUCAAAAUUUGGCCGAAAUACCAGUCUGUCGGAAAAAUAAUGAGCACUCUGUCGCAUCGAAAAUCAACUGUCGAAGAAAUGAAUUGUGUCGCGAAAAAAUCAAAUUGCUUUUCACUAGAAAAAAGUAGUAUCAGUUUGUCGGGAAAAUAAUGUGGAUUUGUCGUGCUUUGAAAUCGACCAUCAUCGCUUUGCGACGACUGGAGACUUGAUGCGCAACUGCGACGAGGCGAGAUAUUUAUUCUUUUUCGCUGCAACAAAUCCACAUUAUUUUCCCGACAGACUGAGGUCGGCCUGUCGACAAAAUAAUGCCGGUUCUCGCACCAAGUGUCUGCCAAAAAUAGCUGUACUCUCUGACUGUCCCGCCAUCGAAUAAAGACAUCUAAAGAUGACCGCCUAGAACCCCUAACAUUCCAAAACAACCGAAUUCAUUUACGUCCAAGGAUCACCUAAAUUUUUCAUGAACAUUAUUCUUUUGUGUUGUCUUCGCAAAGCUUUCUUGCUUGUGGAAUAAAAUAACCGCCCGACGUAAAAAAAUAACCGUGGGGCCGAGGGAAAAACAAGUCCGAGUAAAGGAAUUUUGACCGAACAAGGAGAGCGUCCAAGUGCGACGCUCAGAUUUUCGAAAUUGCAUUUUCCUAUGUACAGUGAGGGACCGGAUCCAGUGGCAAAAAACGUCUCAUUUUGCAUCCCGGAAGGGACCAAAAUGUCUCCAAACCCUUCCCUUCGCUAACAGGGGAAGUACCCCAAGUGGGACGCUCAGAUUUUGAUGAAACUUGGCACAAAUUUAGAGUAAUUUUUUCGAAGAGAUAUGCGAGAAUCCUAGCUCGCGCUUUGCAGAAACAACCGAGAUUUUUAGAUCGAAAGUCGGCCAAAAUUUAGGACUUUUUGUCGAAUUUCGGCACGACAAGUUUCAUGCCUAUUUCUACCGUAAAGGAUAAUGUUUCUACAAAAAAUCAAAUUUUUCCGAACGAAACUGCCAAAGUUAUGGCCAAAAAGCGUUUUUCUCUCUGACCGCUCUCCACGUUUAGCACGCUCUCUCGGCGGCAUAAAUCGUUUGAUAUCUCGACGGCGCCUGCAAAGCGCGAGCUAAAACUUUCAGGAAUUGAUAUUUAGUCUAUUCCCGACGUGUGUGCAAAAUUUAAAGAAAAUCUGAGCGUCGCACUUGGGGUACUUCCCUUGUAAGCUAAAAAACCCCCGCCUUGAAGGAAAGGGCGCGCUUUUCAAAGCGAAGUUUUUAGCUUAGAGAAGGGAAGGGUUUGGAGUCAUUUUGGUCCCCCUGAUGCAAAAUGAGAUGUUUUUUGCCUUUGGAUCAGGUCCCUCACUGUAUUACAAUGAUUGUGACAAUAAUUUCAGGGUGUGUCCGCCGCGUGGACUUCUCCGUGGGACCGGCCGUCUGUCGGGGGUACCGCGCAGCAGCAGCAUGCAGAGCUUCCUUCCGUCCCAGAACAGGUGGGUUUUCAUGUUUUUGCAUUUUGUUUUUUUCUGCAUUUUGGUGUGUUAUAAACAAGGACUUCUCAGAAUAUAUGUAUGUAUAUUCUGGGAAUGUUUGGUAAAAUUCUAGAAGUAUUUUACUUAAAAUUGGACAUUGAAAUCUGGACGUCAUUUUCGAAAUUUUACGGAUAUUUUUGACUUUUCUUUUUGCAUUACUAAAUGCCCUAAAGGUAAUAAAAGCUUGGCGCUUUGGCGCAUAGUUUACAUAAUUUUAAGGGUCAUGAUUUUUAAGGGUUAUUACUUUACUUCCCAUCUCUUGACACCUUAUAGUGCCUUUGCAGUGACGGACUUGAUCGAUCCAGUGGCAAGAAACCUACCAUUUUACCUCCAGGAAGUAUUAAAAAAUGUAGCAAAAUAUCUCCCUCUCCAAGUGAAAAAACUCCAAUUUCAAAAUCCCGCCAGCUCUUUUUGUGAAAGAACGGACGCGCCUUUCUAAACAUAGUUUUUUCACUUCGAGAGGGAGGCAUUUUGCCACGUUUUUUGAUACUUCCCGGAGGCAAAAUGGCUUGUUUUUUUGCCAAUGGAUCAGGUCCGUCAAUGUACGAGCCUUUCAAAAGCGCGCCCGCUCUUUUUGUGAGGGAAAAGGCGCUCCUUUCUAAACAUAGUUUUUUUUUACUUGGAGAGAGAGGCAUUUUGCCACAUUUUUUGAUACUUCCCGAAUGCAAAAUGGCAUGUUUUUUUCCACUGGAUCUGGCUUGUCACUGUAAAUGCUGAUGACAAAAAGACGAUGUCAUCAUCAGUGCCUCGCGCUUCGCAUUUUACCUUCUUUUAACCCAGAAUUUUAUUUACAGUAUUCCCAAAGAGGUGAGUCUAUACAUGUUUGUAUGUAUUGGCUUGCUAAACGCUCCAAAAAUUUUAAAAACAAGAAAAUUACUGCUCAAUUAAGUAAGACCCAUAUUUAUACACCUUGACCAUGAUUUGGUAGAUUAUCAAAAAAAAAUCCUUUCGUUUCUUAAAUUUUAAUGUUACAAUCAACCCUUUUUGCCAUUUUGUUUUUUUCACAAAAUGCAUGGACAAUUUUUCUCUUUCGCACAGUGCAUUUUGAACCUUUUCCUACGCUUGUCGCCAACGCACAGUGCAUUUUUCUGGCUUCGCACAGUGCAAGCCACAAUUGCAUUGCGAGCCUCUAAUGUAAAAAAAUGAUUUUCCUAGCGAAACCUCAAGUCUCUUUAUCUAUUUACAACCCCAAAAAAGGAUUGUUUUCGUUUCAGGACUAACUAAAAAUAAUGUUUUUCCAAAAAAAAAAUUUUCCAAAAAAAUUGCAAGUUUUUUAUUUUUCCGUGGCAAUUGCCGAAGACGUGCAUUUCAACGCAAAAACAAUUUUGGUGUGGGCGUAACAACAAAGACGCGGAAAUGCACGGUGCAAAAUAGGAUAUUUCUUGCACGGUGCGGGCAGAGAAAAAUGUCCAAGCACUUUAUGAAAAUACGAAUAUCAGUCUGUCGGGAAAAUAAUGAGCUCUCUGGCGCUGGGUCGAUCGCUGAAGUAUGUAAGAAUAAAUAUGAUGUUCCCGCGACACAAUUCACUUUCUCUUCGGCGAUGCGAUUUUCGCUGCGACAGAGUGCUCAUUAUUUUCCCGACAGACUGAUACUACGCGUUUUCGAAAGUGCAUAGACUUUUGUCGCUUUGCAAAAAACUCCCCGAUCUUUCAUUAUUUUCCCGACAAACUGGUAGUACAGCCCUCAGGAGAAAAAGUCUUGUUCUUGGCGGCGAUAUAAUCUUUGAUGCGAUAUAGAAUUUGACGUAUAGCAAACUUUGCUGACCGACCUCUCAGUCUGUCGGGAAAAUAAUGAUUUUUGAUGCGACAUGUUCCUCAUUAUUUUCCCGACAGAUUGAUAAAAAACUGAGUUUACAGUGGGGGACCUGAUCGAGUAGCAAAAACGUACCAUUUUGCAUCAGGGAAGCAUCAAAAACAUGGCAAAAUUCUUCCCUGUCCAAGUGAAAAAACAUCGCUUUGAACGGCGCGCCCUUUUUCCUCACAAAAAGAGCGAGUUUUUUCACUUGAAGAGGGAGGCAUUUUGCCACAUUUUUUGAUGCUUCCUGGAUGCAGAAUGGUACGCUUUUUGCCACUGGAUCAGGUCCCCCACUGUAAUAAAAUAAAGAAACUCGGACUUAAACCGCACUCGAAACCUUUUAUCAUUAUGUCGGGAAAAUAAUGUGGAUUUGUCGCCGCAAAAUGUCUCGCCUCGUCGCAGUCGCGCACCAAGUUUCCGGUUUUACCAUUGGCAAAAAAAGUAUAAUUUUGCAUUCGGGAAGUAUUUAAAAUGUGGCAAAAUACCUCCCACUACAAUAAAAAACUCCGUUUUGAAAGGCGCGCCCUUUUUCCUCACAAAAAGAACGGGCGCGCUUUUUAAAUCUAAGUUUUUUCACUUGUAGUAAGGAGGUAUUUUGCCACAUUUUUGAUGCUUCCUGGAUGUAAAAUGUUACGUUUUUUGCCACUGGAUCAGAUCCCCCACUGUAUCGGGCCGUCUCCCAAAUCUGCUGCGGUCCGGCCUGGGAGCCAUGUCUACAUAGUCGGCCCUCUCAUUGUAAUCAUUGUUUUUACUCCCUCUAACAAUGACCACUUCCGCCGCGAAUGUCAAAAUCUCCGCUGGCCCGCUCUGCCCUCACCUCUGCUCCCCAUGAGCCCGCUAAUGAGUGAAUGUGUAAUAACCUUCGCGCCGGCAUCUACAUCGCCUUCGAGGGGGCCGAUGUUCGUGGUGGGGGGAAUUUUUGUGUAUUCCUUUUGCGGAAAAAACGGCUUCAAGGUGCAGCGGAGAAGUCACAAUUGUUCCGUCUCCAUUCAUUCGAUGGCACUGCGGGAUCUUUUGGAAUAAGACGUCCGGGCCCGCCGCCAGCCCCUUCUGCAAUAAUUCCGCCUUGGGCUAAAUGAGUGGCGCAGAUUCCGAGUUUAUUCCGCGUUCCCGGCGAAGGGUGACGUUCAGGGGGGCCUCAAGUUAUAAACUUUUUGGCAAGGGGAGUGUUUGAAGUGCGAAUUUUCUCUUUGAAUUCCGCACGCAAAUUUGGCCUAGGCUGCUGAUAAAUGGGCGCAAAUUUUAGGUUCCGCUUUGCAGGUGGGGCCGAGAUAUUGAACGAUUUUUGACGUAGAAAGAAUAGACUAAAUGUGGAGAGCGGUCAGAGAGAAAAACUCUUUUUGGCGAUAACUUUGCUAGUUUCUCGCGGCAAAAAAUGAUUUUUUAUGGAAACAUUAUUCUUUACGAUAGAAAUAGGUAUGAAAAAUUUGUUAAAUUCUCGCCGACUUUCGAUCUAAAAAUCUCGGUUGUUUCUGCAAAGCGCGAACUAGGAUUCUCGCAUAUGUCAGGGGAAGUACUCCAAGUGCGACGUUCAGAUUUUGAUGAAACUUGGCACAAAUUUAGAACAAUUUUUUCCAAGAUAUAUGCGAGAAUCCUAGCUCGCGCUUUGCAGAAACAACCGAGAUUUUCAGAUCGAAAGUCGGCCAAAAUUUAGCGCGAGCAGAUUUUCAUUAAAUUUUGCACACACGUCGGGCAUCAACUAAAUAUCAAUUCCUGAAAGUUUUAGCUCGCGCUUUGCAAGCGCCACCGAGAUAUUGAACCACUUUUUCCGCGGAGAGAGUGCGCAUAACGCGGAGAGCGGUCAGGGAGAAAAACGCUUUUUGGCCAUAACUUUGCUAGUGUCUCGCGGAGAAAAUUGAUUUUUUGUGGAAACAUUAUUCUUUACGAUAGAAAUAGGUAUGCAACUUUUCGUGCCAAAAUUCAACAAAAAGUCCUAAAUUUUCGCCAACUUUUGACUAAAAAUCUCGGUUGUUUCUGCAAAGCGCGAGCUAGGACUCUCGCAUAUAUAAUAGAAAAAAUUAUUCUAAAUUUGCGCCAAGUUUCAUCGAAAUCUGAGCGUCGCACUUGGGGUACUUCCCCUGUUAAAAAGAUAAAAAGAUUUGUCGCACCACGACUCACUUUCCACUCCCGCUCUGAUUUCUGGGGAGCACAGCAUUCCGAGGUUUUUUGCCGCCACCGAUCGGUGCCGAUUUUCGCUCAAAAUGACAACAGGGCUGCGCGCCUCGGCUGAUAACUAGCUAGCCCAAAAAUGAAAAAAGAGUAAAAAUUGAUUUCCAGAUAGAGUGAAAAAAGACCUAUCCGAUGAUAUAAAUAGGUCCUAUUGACUUUCUCCCCACAACGAUCUUUUUCGCCUACAAAAUUACAAAUUUUUUUUGUUUAUUCAUGGAUAAAUGCACUUUAUGAGGGCAUAAUUAAAAAAAAAUGGUACCACUCGAUAGCAAAUGGCCUCUUCUAUGACAUAUCCAAAAAUAAGGGAAAUUCUGGCCCUUAGGGCACUAAAAAAUCCAAAAAAAUAGCGUAUUUUACGUGUUUUUGCAUAUUUUUCGGGAUUUUUUGCACCGGAUGCACAAAAAUGAAAAAUCGGCUGUUAUAGCGUUGUAGUGCACACUCGACUACAUAUACCUGCCAAAUUUCACGUUUUCAUCUUUACUCCACUUUGUGUUCUGAGCCGGUUUAGGUGUUAAGGCAAAAUCGCUGCAUAGGGCAAUGCCGGAUGCCGAUUUUAAUUUUUUUUUUCAUUUUUGAGACAUAUUGCGUUCAUGUCAAUAUUAGAUACUGAUUUUUGCUCCAGAUGACAAAAUGCCCUUUCGUAAAUUGACGUAAUGACACCAACGUGUUUGAGUUCAACAUGACGAAAAUAAGGGAAUUUUUGUUUCAGGACUAGCAUUUAGGUGACAGCAGACCUGCCAGAAUAUGCUCCGACGUUUAUUUGGCUAGAAACAGGUAUGGAAUCCGGAUGCAGCGACGUCCCGUAACACGUUGCACAUAUGCGAUUUUACUUAAAUUUACGUUAUAUACAUGACGUUCAAAGUCAAUACGACUGAAAAGACAGAAAUUAUUUUUAAAAUCGGCAUCCGGCAUUGCCCUAUGCAGCGAUGUUGCCUUAACACCUAAACCGGCUCAGAACACAAAGUGGAGUAAAGAUGAAAAUGUGAAAUUUGGCAGGUAUAUGUAGUCGAGUGUGCACUACAACGCUAUAACAGCCGAUUUUUCAUUUUUGUGCAUCCGGUGCAAAAAAUCCCGAAAAAUAUGCAAAAACACGUAAAAUACGCUAUUUUUUUGGAUUUUGUAGUGCCCUAAGGGCCAGAAUUUCCCUUAUUUUUGGAUAUGUCAUAGAAGAGGCUAUUUGCUAUCGAGUGGUACCAUUUUUUUUAAAUUAUGCCCUCAUAAAGUGCAUUUAUCCAUGAAUAAACAAAAAAAAUUUGUAAUUUUGUAGGCGAAAAAGAUCGUUGUGGGGAGAAAGUCAAUAGGACCUAUUUAUAUCAUCGGAUAGGUCUUUUUUCACUCUAUCUGGAAAUCAAUUUUUACUCUUUUUCAUUUUUGGGCUAGCUAGUUAUCAGCCGAGGCGCGCAGCCCUGUUGCCAUUUUGAGCGAAAAUCGGCACCGAUCGGUGGCGGCAAAAAACCUCGGAAUGCUGUGGGGAGGUGUCCGAAAGCCACUUGCACGGUGAGAAAAGCAGGAAAUUGCACAGUGCAAGUGAACUUUUGUUUUCGCAUCGCGGAAAUCAGGCCGGCGACUUUCCGGAUGGACGAGCAUUUCCCCAAGAUUUGAUAUGUCCGCCACGUCCCUGUUGUUUUUAAAUUUUUUAAGGCAAUACUUCCAAAGCGGCAAAAAAGUUACAGUAUACAGUAACCGGCUUCAAAAUGAAUUUCGACACUCCUUUCAUCUGUAAUGUUGUUUUUAUCGCGCCACACAUACAGUGAGGGACCGGAUCCAAGGGCAAAAAACGUCUCAUUUGCAUCCCGGAAGGGACCAAAAUGACUCCAAACCCUUCCUUUCGCAAAGCUAAAAAAACCCCGCUUUGAAGAGCCCACCUUGAAGGAAAGGGCGCGCUUUUCAAAGCGGAGUUCUUUAGCUUAGAGAAGGGAAGGGUUUGGAGUCAUCUUGGUCCCUUCCGGGAUGCAAAAUGAGACGUUUUUUGCCAUCGGAUCAGGUCCCUCACUGUAUACCUAAUUUGCCGUUACUCUUUAUUUUAUCGUAAAAAUUUUAUGGCAUUCCCUUUAAAAUAAUUUGAUUUACCUGCCAUCAGCUGUUAAGUUAUUGUUUCGCCUUUCUAACCACUGACGCGCUAAGAAUUAGAGACGCGUUUGCAAACCAGUAAUUUGAGAUUUUGGCUGACGUGUUGAAAAAACUGUCAAAAAAUCUAUAAAUUUUUGUUCCAAAACAUCAAAAAAUCGAGCUUUUCACCCAAUUCUUAGUAAAAAAAAAAAGUGUACUUUUGAUCUCUAAAACCUAUUAAACAUGCCGAAACAUCGCCUCAGGCACGUAUCCCUCCUUCGCGUUGUAUUUGCAUUCCCUCAAUAAUUCAUGAUUUUGCUGACAGCGCAUGUAAUUUGACCGAGAGUAAACGCUAUGACCAGUACGGCGUACGAAUACCCUCUACCGGCGACCGCUGCGAAGGAGUUGUGAGGAACGUAGGCUGAAUGCUCUCCAAGGCCCGGUUUGCGGCCAAGGUUUAUCGGUAAGUCGGGGGAAAAAUGGGGAUUUACAGAGGGAACUGGUAAAUGCAGCAAUCAGAUUUUUAAUGGAACAUAUAGUAAAAGUUUAGCAUAUUUCUUGCUAAAAGAAUAUUUGAGACUCCUAGUAGUGUUUUCAUAAAGUUCAUGGCCACAUUUUCUCUUUCACACAGCCCAUUUUCAACUUUUUCCCACGCUUGUCGCCAACGCACAGUGCAAUUUUUUCUUUUGUCGAUUGCGUCGCUGAGCGUACAGUGGCGGACCUGGUCCAUUGGCCAAAGACGUACCAUUUUGCGUCCGACAAGCCCCAAAAAUGUGGCAAAAUGUAUCCCUCUCCAAGUGAAAAAACUCCGAUUUCAAAAGCGCCGGCUCUUUUUGUGAGGGAAACCGAGUUUUUUUAGUUGGAAAGGGAGGCAUUUUGCCACAUUUUUGAUACUUCCCGGAUGCAAAAUGAUACGUUUUUUGCCACUGGAUCCAGUCCCUGACUGUAGUAGAGGCAUGCUCGUUUGUCGGUCGGAUUUCCCAAAAAAGGUGGGGCUUCCGGAAAGCCGCAAGACUGAAAUGGGCAACAUGCAUUGUGAGCAAACCAAUGGUUUGCUUUUGCACUGUGCAAUUUCUGGGGCUAAGAUAGUACAGCCCCCAGUCCAGUUUAGCCCCCAAUAACCCAGUACAACCCCCCUCGUCCAUUCUGAACCACAAAAUUUAUUUCAAAGAAUUAAUCCAAGCUGUAUGGUCCAGCAUAAGCCUCCUACGUUUUAGAUCAAGCCCCCUAAGUUUUAGAUCAAACCCCCAACGUAGUAGAUCAAACCCCCACUUACAUUUUUUGUAUUAUUCUAAUUUGUUCAUUAUCUGGGGUGUGAAACGGGCAAAACAUUGGGGGUUUGAACUACCUUUCGUGGGGGGCUGAACUACCGAAGCCCCCAACUUCUUUCUUUUUCCACCGUUCAAUAGGUUUUUUGUCGGCUGUCGCUCUAACUUUUUUCGCACCGCGCAGACGCCAAACAUCAGUCUAGCGACUUUUUGCGCCGAGUACUAGUCGUUUCAUAAAGUGCGUAGACUUUUUGUCGCAAAUUUUCCGCACCGUGUAUUUCACUUUUUUACUGUGCAAUUCAAAAUUAUUUGCCGCUUCUCAGGCCUUUUUUUCGGCAACAAUUGCACAGUGCAAGAAGAAAAAAUGCACUACGCGCCACAAAAAAGUCUAUCAUGAGGAUUUUUUCUUUUUUGAAGCCCAAAAGUUACAUUCGCCCCCAAAAUAGCUAUAAAAUAUUGAAUUGAAGUGCAUGCCGUUUAUAAAAAACAUUUGGUAUUUGUCGAGGAAUUCAAUUUUUUCGAAAAAAGAUCUUUUUUGGACUUUCGAAGGCGCAAUGAUGGCCUGAGGGCAUCAUUUGGUGCAACAGCCGGCCAGAUGGAACGUCUUGAUUAGAUGGCGCAUAUUAUUUUUCGUAGUGGCGAAGAAAUAUCGCCCAAAUACAUAUUUAGUCAUCAUUUCCCUUCGUAUCAUUUUUUUUUGCAUAUGAUUAUGUCAUCGUAUCCGAACGACAGAGUAGCACAUUCAUCACGCAACUUUGUCCAGUAAAAUUGACAUUUUUGGCCAUUUUUUAUGACUGACUGGCGUCACAUUUAACUUUAUGUGGUGUUCGUCCCGGAGAAGAUGGCUAAUGCGCAACAUUUCGAGUGAUGGGACCAUAAAUCAUGCUGUGCACAGGGUUGGAGGCAUUGAAAUGUAGCUAGGAUUCCAACAAAACCUGAUUUUUUUGUAAAUUAGCGAUUUUGCUUAUCGAUCUGUCGGGAAAAUAAUGUAGAUUUGUCGCGUCUUGGAAUCGCCCAUCAUCGCCUUGCGAUGGCUAGCCGCGACCGGAAAUUUGGUGUACGACUGCGACGAGGCGAGACAUUUUGCUGCGACAAAUCCACAUUAUUUUCCCGACAAACCCACAAAAGGUUUCGAGUGCGAUUCAAGUCCGAGUUUCUUUAUUGUAUUACAGUACAGUGGGGGAGCUGAUCCAGUGGAAAAAACGUACCAUUUUGCAUCCGGGAAGCGUCAAAAAUGUGGCAAAAUGCUUCCCUCUCCAAGUGAAAAAAACUGCCGAUUUCAAAAGCGCGCCCUUCAAAACGAAGUUUUUUCAUUUGGAGAGGGAAGCAUUUUGCCACAUUUUUGACACCUCCCGGAUGCAAAAUUGUACGUUUUUUGCUGUCCAAAUGUGGAUUGUUUUUGCGUUGUUACACUCCUUUGACAAUGGAUUUAUUUUUUACGAAAAAGCAUUUUUCCUUCUGAAGCAAUUCUUUCUUUAGUCCCGCAGCGAAAACAAUCCCUAUUUUCUAAUAACAAAAGAAAUAAAUUUUCAAUUUGACUUGUCGCUGUUUGAAGAGUUGCGACAAGAUUUCAGCAUUGCACUGUGCUGACAUGUCAAGAAUUUUUGGGUUACUUAUCAGUCUGUCGGGAAAAUAAUGUGGAUUUGUCGCGUCUUGGAACCGCCCAUCAUCCUAUUUGCGACGGCCAAAGGCGACUGGAGAUUUGGUGCGCGACAAAACGAGAUAUUUUGCUCGACAAAUCCACAUUAUUUUCCCGACAGACUGAUACAGUGAGGGGCCUGAUCCAAUGGCAAAAAACGUACCAUUUUGCAUCCAGGAAGCAUAAAAAAUGUGGCAAAAUUUCAAAAUCGCGCCCGCUCUUUUUGUGAGGAAAAAUGGCGCGCCCUUCAAAACGAAGUUUUUUUCACUUGGAGAGGGAAGCAUUUUGCCACAUUUUUGAUACUUCCCGGAUGCAAAAUGGUACGUUUUUUCCCACUGAAUCCGGUCCCCCACUGUAGUAAAGCCUUCGGCGCUUUUUGGAACGCGUUUGCAAACAUCGCUGCGUCAACUAAAAAUAGCGUCCUCAACCUUUCCCGUCUCACGUACACUCGUCAAUUCCGGGUGGAAAACAGUUUCUUUGCCGGACAGAGAUGUUUAUAAAUGGUUUAUUCAAUUUCCCCAUAGGAUCUUUGUUAUAAGUCUGGAAGCAAAUUAUGAAAGACAGAAGGCAACGAAGCCCCCCUUUCAAGGACUUCUCCGCGCUCCUACCACUUUUUUGCAUUAUGUUUUAUGCGUGCUGACGUGCAAAUUGCAGCCAGUGUGGGAUAUUUGGGAAUCUUAUAGUGUUAAGUCUGAGACGAUGGGAAUUAUAGGCGUUUUUAGAUGCAUAAUUUGGAUUUUCCGUAAGAAUAAGUAAUUAUAGAUUGUGUGAGAUGAUAGGUUAAAAUUUUAGUGCUACUCCACAUCGAUUAAAAAUAGAAUUCUAUAAGAUGUGUGAGAUUUUUAGCCCGCGCUGAUCCCAAAAAAAUAGGCAUUUUCUGUGGUUUUUGAUUGGGAAAGUGCAGGAUUUACAGUGGUGGACCUGAUCCAGUGGGAAAAAAGUACCAUUUUGCAUCCAGGAAGUAUCAAAAAUGCAGCAAAAUACCUCCCUCUACAACUGGAAAAAACUCCGAUUUCAAAAGCGCGCUCGCUCUUUUUGCGAGGGAAAGAGCGCGCAUUUCAAAACAGAGUUUUUUUUAAUUGUAGUGGGAGGCAUUUUGCCACAUUUUUCAUACUUCCCGGAUGCAAAAUUAUAUGUUUUUUUUCAGGUCCACUGUACCUCCAAAAAAUGCACUGCGAAAAGGCAAUUUUUUAGCGAGUUUUGCAGCGACACCCUAAAACCGCACUUCACAGAUUACCAGGGUUUUUGCCACGUGCAAUACGUGACAUUGUCUCUGAAUUUGAAAGUAGGAGUGCCCGUUUUUUUAAAAAAUUUUGCUCAAAUUCAUUUUUUCUUUAUUUUUUAGUCAUCAUUUUCAGGCAUCCAAUUUUAAUUUUUUCCUCUGGUCUUUGAGAGACCAAUGGUAUCACAAUGCUCAUACCCUCUCAUUUUUCCCUUUUCUCGCUUCAUUUCACGGCAUUCUUCUGUCGGGAAAAUAAUGUGGAUUUUUCGCAGUAAAGUCUCUCGCCUCGCCGCAGUCGCUAAGUAAAUUUCCAGCCGUCGCAUGGCCAACGAUAGGCGAUUCCAAAGUUCGACAAAUCCACAUUAUUUUCCCGACAGACUGAUUCUGCCAACUAAACAUCAAGCGUGCUCCUGUCUCUGCAUCAAACUCAAAUAUGACCCGCAGUUGAAGUGAUACAAAUGAAAUUACACUCGUCCUGCGAAUCUCCUCCGGAUGACCCGUGAAAUCCCGGCGCCCCCUUUUUUUUGUUCCUCCUCCCACUGCUGUCAUUUAAAUUCAACUUUGCGAUGCGCUGAGCAAUUAUUUUUUCCCGCUAGACAUCCGAAUAUGUAAUAGAAUAGGGAAUAGUAAUACAUGCGGCCUCGUGACCACUGAGGAAGUGUUAAUUGUAAUAGAUUGGCGGUAAAUUUGGCUCUACUGUUUUUAGCUAGCUACUAGUCGUUCCGUAAAGUGCGUGGACUUUUCGUAACUUUGCCAAGAACCUUGCUAGGUGGGCCAAAAGUCUACAUGUUUUUGCAAAGUGUGAGCAGUCGGCAUUGCGACGAGAUGUCGCGCGAUAUCUCGUCGAAACAAAAUUAAUUUUAGCAUGCACUUUGCAGAGAUAUUCGGCGAUAUCUGCAUGCGACACACCGUGAAAAAUUAGGACAUCCGGCCAUGAGCAUAAAUAAUAAUAAAAGUCCUUUUUUUUGUGCUUGCCCUUGAGCGGUAUUUUCAUCAAAGCAUGAGUUUUGGCACAUUGCAAACGCCCAGAAAUCUGUCGAGUGACUUUGCAGACGAAGUAUCAGUCUGUCGGGAAAAUAAUGUGCAUUUGUCGCAGCAAAAGUUUACGCUUCCGCACACCAAGUCUCAGCAGCCGAAGAGCGAUGAUGGGCGAUCCCAAGGUGCGACGAAUCCACAUUAUUUUCCCGACAGACUGAUAUUUUUCCGUCCGGAAAGUCGCAGGACUGAUUUUUGACGUCUGCAAGUCUACUAUUCCUAUUCUCACUCGCGUAAGAAUACUAUAUUAUAUAAUUGCCGUAUUUUCGCCUAGGGGCAUACUUUAGUAUAAGCUCUCAAAUGGCGGCCUCCAAAUUUUUUCUUAUCUGUCUGUCGGGGAAAUAACGAGCACUCUGUCGCAUCAAAAAUCGCACCGCCGUCGAGAAAAUAAAUUGUGUCGCGACAAAAUCGAAUUGCUUUUCACUUCAGCGACACGAUCGGAGCGGCGACAUUGUGCUCAUUACAGGGUCUUACAAAAAACGUGAAGGAAAGUGGAAGGCUAUAACUUCCGGCGGAGGCGGCGCAGAGACUUCGUAUUUUAAAUAUGUAUUUUUAAAAGACAUAAGUUUUUUUCUACGAAAUAACACGCUUUUAAAGUGCAAACUGAGGUCGCUACGACCUUCUGAAGUAAAGGCAUCUCUACCCCGAAAACCAGGUUUUUUCGGUUGAAAAUGAUCGUGAAAUUUCGGACUUUUUCGGUUGAAAAUCACCAGGAAAUGUCGGAUUUUUUGGGGGGUUUUGAUAUGGGUGAUGUUGAAAAGGAGGAGGAAAGUGCCAACACGUGCAAUUUUUUCGACGUUUUCUUAAAGACUAUAUCAAGAAACCCCCAAAAAAUCCGACAUUUCCUGGUGAUUUUCAACCGACAAAGUCCGAAAUUUCUCGAUCAUUUUCAACCGAAAAAACCUGGUUUUCGGGGUAGAGAUGCCUCUACUUCAGAAGGUCGUAGCGACCUCAGUUUGCACUAUAAAAGCUUGUUAUUUCACAGACAAAAACUUAUGUCUUUUAAAAAUACAUAUUUCAAAUACGAAGUCUCUGCAACGCCUCCGCCGGAAGUUAUAGCCUUCCACUUUCCUUCACGUUUUUUGUAAGACCCUGUAUUUUCCCGACAGAUCGAUUCUAGAAAAGCUCUGGAUUAUAGAGCUUUCACCAGACCUCGCGCAUUAUCACCCCCAUCAACCAUCAUGAACACGAACACAGAGAUUUCUCAUCCUUUUUCGCGGCCGGCGCACAGCCCGGCGGACCACCAAAACCGGCGGGGGUAUUAGUCUCUCUCUCUCUCUCUCAGCCGUAACAUUGUCCGAGGAUCGGCCGCUCCCCGGGGAACGGCCGUUGGCGGAUCGCAAGCACGUUCUUCCCGGCGAGAGGUCACAGUGCAAGAAGCGGCGGGAAAUCAUGGUCCGCCGAAAAUAUUAUAUUUAUUUGUAUGCGUCUGCUAUAGUUUCUUAUCAGAUGUUUCGGCAAGUGCGAACAUAUGAGUUCCGCUGUCAACGCGCUGCUUUGUGGGGGAAUUUGAAUGCGGAAGUUCUGGGAUUUAAAAUUUUGAUGACUAAGCGAAAAAAUCUUUGCAGCGAUAGCCAAAAUUAAUAUUCCGAGGGACUGGAGCUGCUCCAAUUUUGAAAAAAGGCCCGCUUGACCAAGUAAGAACUAAAACCAGUCCGUUGGCAAGGCCGCUGCAGUGAUUUUUCCUUUUUGAGACAAUUUUAGAUCAGUUCUUUGAGGUUCACAAGGGCGCUCGAGAAACUUGUUAGCUCUUGUCAACUAAACUGACAUGUUUUUAGUGUCUUUACGAUACUUUUGGAUACCAAAUAUGAGAUUAUUCUUAUUAAGAAGAGAGACCAGUCCGUUGGCAAAGCCACUGAGUAAUUUCUGCGACAUGGACUAUGCAAUUUGCGGCAUUUUGUACUGUCGCUUGCAUCAGAAUUUUUUUGAACAGUGCAGCCGCCAAAAUCACUCCAGCGACCUUGCGAAAGGACAAGUCUCUCAUCUUGUUUAGUUGGCAAGGUCUAGCAUUUUUAUAAACGCCCUUCUGAACCUCAAAGAACGUAUCUAAAGUUGUCUCAGAAAGCAUAAUUUUUCGCAAAAAUUCUUCAUAGUCGUGAGGAUACUCUUUGAUACCAAAUUUUAGCUCUCAUUGAUCUUUUUCCGCAGUUUUUUCGGCCUAGACAAGUUCGGGCCCGCUAACUUUAAUCGCAUUUAUUUUUAUGUAUACCUGAUAUCAUAUAAUACCCUGUUAUGUGCAGAUUUCAUAGCCGUAUUUUUAUUUCAUAGUCUUCAUAGCCGUUUAUCUCAAAUUUCCUCAUUUUUUCUCCAAAAAUUCAUAUUAUAAAAAAAAAAAAAUUUUUUUUCGUCUGCAAAAUUUUUGCAUAUUUUUAUUCUCCAAAACCAUGAGCGAUCCGCGCGCCCCGGCUAUGACUCAAAAGUUAUGUACAGAAAAAGAAUAACGGAAGGGCCGGGCCGGUCCCAGUGGGACCGGGCCGCACGAACAGAAAACAAAAAAAGCACAUCGAAGGCGAACUUUUUUGGGGUUUAGCGGCGGAAAUUUUUGCCCGCUUUUCCUUCGGUCGUAUGAUGUGAUAUGCGCGCGUGGUAGUUGGGUUCGGAUUGAUGGAGAUAUUGAGGCUGUAACAUGCCGAAUAAUGCGAUUUUAAUGCACAUCAACGCCGAAUUUUAGGGGGUGGACUGGGAAAAGGGCUUGUUUUUUGUGGGACAAAAAUUUAUGCUAUUGCGCGUGAUAUGGCUACUUCAGAUGUGGCUAUAUAACUUCAAAUUACUGUCUUUUAUCAUAUAAGGCCCAGACGUCCCAUGUUCGGACCUAAGGGCCAAAAUUUCGAUUUAUUUCCAAUCGCGUCAUCUAUUGCCUAGUACAAUAUAAUUUUUAGUGUCCUAUAGUCUCGCUAGCCCUGUGAUCUCUUUCCAACCACUAUUACUGCAUAAGACAGAGCUCAGCGCCUUCGCUAAGCUAUUUUUCCCUUCCAUCUCUCCCUUCACCAAGCCAGAAUUCCUCAUCAAGCUCUCCUCUCCACUAAAUCAUCGCUAAAGCAACAUGGUGACCUAAGGAGCGCGAAUGAAUAGCCCAUCGUAUUCUACGCAAAGAGUGUAGAGACUUCCCUUUACGAUGCUGCACCUACCAGCAUCGUACAACGCUCAGAGGCGUUCGCUGAUCGCGCAGGACCAGGCGCACUACUCGCUGCCGAGAAGUCGAGUCGGAUCGUUUAUCGACGACAUCUCCGAGAUCAGGUCAAUACUGUAGAGGGCAAAAUAAGGGUUGUACAAUAUGGCAACGCCAGUUAUAGCCUUAUAGGUGCAAAAUGACGUCCAGACUGGUCAAAAAUCAAAUUAUUUCAUAGUCCAAAAAAUUCCGAAUUUUUCGUAAAACUCGAUUUUUUCAGUGCCGAACGCCUAAAUGUCUACGUGGAUCGACACGAUCAGAACACCCAUGGCAUCGACAACACAGAUGACGAUGUGCCGCCGGGGGUCACGUUCCCGGAGGAGCCGAAAACGCCGAAGGAAAGGCUCAAACUGGUGAGUAAUCAUCAUUUAUCAGACUGUCGGGAAAAUAAUGAGCACAAUGUCGUUUCGUCGAUCGAAGUGAAAAGCAAUUUGAUUUUUUGUCAAAUUGCUUUUCGCUAUUCAUUUUUUUUUGGCGACAAUGCGAGUUUGAUGCGACAGAGUGCUCAUUAUUUUCCCGACAGACUGAGAUUUAACGUUCACUAUAUUUUUUUAAGAAAUUCAAAAUGAUAUACCCUCAUGUGGGCCUGGUGGUGCUAUCAGCCGUCUAUACAGUUCUUGGAGCAGCGAUCUUUCAUCAUGUAAGUCAACGAAUUUGGUGGAAAAAAUUAGGGAGCGUAUUUUACAGAUAAAAACCUCAUCUAACGAAGACCUAGACUUGUAGCUAAUACAUAUGCCCAUUUUUUAGCUGGAAGGUCCAUUCGAGCUGCACAUCCGGAACGCCACCGCAACUCGCGUCCAGAUCCUCAAGAACCGAGUCAUAACUCAAUUAUGGACCAUGGCCAAAGAGAUCCCGCAUGCAGCGUAUAUUGACAGCGGGUUGAACACGACCAUGCCGUGGCCACCGAAUGACGAUGGCUUUCAACAAUGGGCCGAAGUUGCUAAUACGGGGUACGAUUUUUACUUGUCAAAAUGGAUGGGUUAACAAGGAAAUCGCUCAAGUGGAGCUCUCGCAGAUUUUCUUAAAAUUUUGCGUGCGGGCAUUGAACUUGUGAGCUACAGUGACGGACCCGAUCCAGUAUCAAAGAACGUACCAUUUUUCAUCCGGGAAGCAUCAAAAAUGUGGCAAAAUGCUUCCCUCUCCAAGUGAAAAAAAAACUUCAUUUUGAAGGGCGCACCCUUUCCUUCACAAAAAAAGCUUUUGAAAUCGGAGUUUUUUUCCUUGGAGAGGGAAGCAUUUUGCCACAUUUUCGAUACUUCCCGGGUGCAAAAGUGCUACAUUUUGUGCCACUUUUGUGGAUCCGUUUCCCCACUGUAUGAAUCUCUGGAACUUUUAGCUCCCAUUUUUCGACGAUAACUGGGGCAUUCAACCAUUGUUGCGGCUUCAAUGAAGUCUUAGGAAUUUCAGAAAAUUAUGAUCAUAACUUUUUACCCAACCAAAUAUCUGAUCGUGAACUUCGCAAACAAAAAAAAUCGGGAAAAUGGAAACCUUUUGUCACCUUUUGAUCAAAAAAUCUCGUUAGUUUCUGGAAAGCGCGCCCUAGAAAUCUAUCACAUGUCUUGGAAAAUUCUACUCAAAAAUUUAUCUUCCCCACAAGAAGAAUUUCUCCACGACCUUUUACAACCCCCAUUUUCAGUAUGAACAUGGUGAUAAAAGAUGUAUUUAUUGACUAUACGAAGAACUACCUCACACCCGAAGAUAUAAUCAAUGGAACGGGUCCCAAUAAGUGGUCGUUCGGAGCGAGUAUUUUCUUCUCCUGGACGGCCAUUACGACUAUUGGAUAUGGUCAGUUUUCGUUCGAAUUUUGAACCAUAUACAUUCAUGUCGUAUUUUACACAAGAUUAAAAUUUAGGUCACAUUGUGCCUCGAACGUUAGCGGGUCGUAUUUCUUGUUUAUUGUAUGCGCUUUUCGGGAUUCCACUGAUUUUGGUGACAAUUGCGGAUAUUGGCCGAUUUUUGUCCAGUAAGUGACCGAUAACUUGUCAAUUUCUACUCCUUACUAAACCGCAUAUGCUAAUUCCCCUCCCAAAAUUUUCAGCCGGCAUCAUCUGGGUGCACAAUGCCCUGCGGCGGUUUCGAAUAGGCUGUUUUGUGCGCCUAAAACGAUGUUUUCGCUAUUGCUGCUGUUGUGUGCGAGGGAAGCGAAAGAAGACGAAAGACAAGACCACAAAGAAUGUGGACAAGACCCUGAGCAAUGGCGGAACAGUGAGGAACGAGAAUCAUGUUGGAGGAGGGAGACUGAUGCGGCAACGGCUACAACAGGCGGAUAACGUCUCCGAUGCCGGCACCUUUGAGGGUCAGUUUCUGGGGGCGCAGGAUAUCUUUUGGGUUUGUCUAGCAGCAAAAUAUACAGUGGGGGACCUGAUCCAGUGGCAAAAAAAGGACCAUUUUGCAUCCUGGAAGUAUCAAAAAUGUGACAAAAUGCUUCCCUCUCCAAGUGAAAAAAAACUCCAAUUUCAAAAAGGGAAAGGGCUCGCCCCUCAAAACGAUGUUUUUUCACUUGUAGAGGGAAGCAUUUUGCCACAUUUUUGAUACUUCCCGGAUGCAAAAUGGUAUGUUUUUUGCCAUUGGAUCAGGUCCGUCACCGUAUGUGGGAUUCCAAAGUCACGCUUUUCAAAUAUCACUAGAAUUUUUAGGUCAGAAGUUGCCAAAAUUAAGCUCUUUUCCUUGUCAGAAGGACAUUUUCUUCGUGAAACUCAAAGUUUAGAGCUGUCGCCGUGAAAACUCGAUGCAUGAGCAACUCAUGCCUCAUUUUUUCAACCUACACUUUUAUCAGGCUGUCGGGAAAAUAAUGAGCACUCUGUCGCAUCGAAAAUCGCAUCGCCGCUAAGAAUUGUGGCCGGCAAUAUCACAUUGCCUUUCACUUCACCGACGCCAAUUGUGGCCGCGAUGUUGCGCUCAUUAUUUUCCCGACAGACUUCAAUCAAACCCCUCUAAUCUUGCAAUAAUUUCAGACGUCUCCGAGAUCCCCACUCAAGAAGGGACGAGUAGUGAGGACACUCACGCGCGCGCCGACGAGAUCGACGAAUUCGCGGAGCUGCAGCAGGAGCGCAGGGUCUCCGUCCUCUUCAUUUUAUUCAUCAUGCUCGGCUACACUGCUGGCGGUGCUUGUCUGAUGCAAUUGUGGGAGCAAUGGAGUUUCGUGGACGCGUUUUAUUUUUGCGCGGUCACGGUGACCACCAUUGGUUUCGGGGAUAUUGUGCCGCAGAACAGCGACUUUCUGCCGGCAACCUUAACUUAUAUUGUCAUUGGAUUGAUUAUUACGACAAUGUGCAUUGGUAAGUGCCAUUUUUAAGAGUUUUACGAGCCAAAAAUCACCUACGACUACUGCAAUUUUCAUUUAUUUUCUUUUCAGAUUUAGUAGGCACCGAAUACAUUCGGGAUAUCCACUUUUAUGGCCGAAGUUUGGGUCGAUCUUUCCUCACCAUCGGUGGGAAAGUUGUUCAUUUGGGAGAGGUCUUUAGUUAUGUGGCAUUCUUACAAAAGAACUACGGAUUAACGCCAGAACAAUUGGACAAAUUGGCUCAACUACCAGAUGAAUAUCUUCUGGAUUGCAUGAUCAACGGGAAACAACCGGAUUUGAAUUGGGUUGGAGGGAAACCUUUUAUCCCACCGGACAUUUACUACUUCAAGGUGGGUUUCUUUCAGCAAAUUUAUGGGGAAUUUUGACAAAAAUCAUUUCCAAUUUUGAUGAAACCUCGUUUAAAAAACGAAUAGAAUUUUUAAAUUUUGUUCGUUUUUUAAACGAGUUAAGACAUAUGCGAGAUCCUGAGAUCGUGCGUUGCAGAAACACUCGAGAUUUUUGGGUAAAAAAUAUACAGUGGGGUACCUGAUCCAGUGGCAAAAAACGUACCAUCUUUCAUCCGGGGAAUACCAAAAAAUGUAGCAAAAUACUUCCCUAUCCAAGUGAAAAAACGUCGAUUUCAAAAGCGCUCCCGCUCUUUCUGUGAGGGAAAGGCACGCCCUUCAAAACGAAGUUUUUUUCACCUGGAGUGGGAGGUAUUUUGCUAUAUUUUUGAUACUUCCCGGGUGCAAAAUGGUACGUUUUUUGCCACUGGAUCAGGUCCGCCACUGUAUCCUUUUUACCCAAAAAUCUCGAGGGUUUCUGCAAAGCACGAUCUCAGGAUCCCGCAUAUGUCUUAACUCGUUUAAAAAAUGAACAAAUUUAAAAAUUAUAUUCGUGUUUUCAACGAGGUUUCAUCAAAAUUUGAGUUGGGAUUUUAUUUUUUGGAGCCAAAAAAACCUCAGUGAGAGACAUGGAGCAAAUUUUUUCCAAUCGAAAACUAUUUUUCUCUGCCCGUCUCUCCUUUUAGGCACGCUUUCUCGCCAAGGCCCCAACCGUUCGACCGUAUGACGCCCAAAUUUUUCAGCAAAUUCCAUAAAAUUUUUCCGACUUCUUCGUAUCCCCAGAUCUCGCUAACCCAAAAAAUUUUUAGUGGAUCGAGCACCCUCGCACCCUCUCUUACGCUUCGGAGCGGGUGCUCGCUUCCAUGGAGUCGCUGGACCUCAACACAAGCCGUUGUUCGACAGCUCGGACCCUCACGCCGCGCGAAUAUUAUCAACGGAUCCUGAUGCAUUACUGCAAGCAGAUGCAGCAGGCGCAGCCGCCGCCGGGAGUGCAGCAGAUGCUGCAGCAUCAGAAUACGGCGCCCGGCUCGGGACGGCUGCAUCAGCAGAACAAUCUGAACAAUUCACUGCCCACGGAGACGCUGUUGUAUGGGAACCAUCGGCCCUCCACGUCCGAGCGCACAACAGCCAUUUUUGCGUUGCCUUCGUAA